GUUAAUCGCAGUUUGAGGCGGUUUGGUGUAGCGCCUUACUACGAAGAAUUACUUCGUCGGCUUAAGAUCGACAUUGUCCAGAGCCAAGAGGCGUUAGGUGGUGCCUCGGACGAUCGGGUACGUGAGGAAUUCCGCGUCCUACGUCACAGGCUAGGCCGUAGGGGUCUCAUCGUCCCUGCGCGGAACAUGGUGUGUUUGGUUUUCGAUGCAGAUACGAUUCGCAUGCUUGCUAGCUUGGAGUUUCCCGAUCGCAUUGAAGACGACCAUGAUGCUUUUCACGAGAGUACUAUCAAAGUCGUGGAUGUCUGCUUUGGUGAGGGCGAUAGUGAUUCGGGUGACAGCGAUUAUGACGGCGACGGUGACGAGAAUGAUGACGAGGAAUCCAGUUAUGCCGGGGUGGGAUAUUGCCGGAUCACUUCCCUUCACAGGCUUUAUAUGAUUUUAACGAUGGACUCAAAUGCCCGGGCGAUGGAGGAUUUGCAUCCCAUGGAUCAUACCUCCACCGAGUUAUAACACCGUGAGCAAUUUUGCGCGUUUAUGUAGAAUCGAGGAUGUCAAGACAACGUCUUCCUUCAUGAUCACCUAUCCUCUAACAUAUAGCUGGGUCUUAGAUUGCUCACAGGUAAAUAGGAUGCUCAUUUAGAGGAGACCUUUUGCAACCUGG